GUGUUGCCGCCUGGAGCCAGGUACAAUAAGCGACCAAAGAUAACCAGUUGAUUUUGCUCAUCACUUGACAUUGCUCUGAUGCUAACUAGUUUUCUCGUGACUAACAUUAUCCUUUUGCUUUGCUUUGCUUUGCUUUGCUUUUCUACUUUCUUUCUUUCUUUCUUUCUUUCUUUUCUAUAUUUAUCUGGAUAUCACCGGCCUGUUGCUUUUACUUCGUCUGCAUUGUUUCCUGACCGCUAGGACGGCUAGACAACGCAUGCAUGCGUUGUAAGGCGGCUUCACUGACCUACGACAGGCGAGACUUUGGCCCGAAAGUGCUGCUAAGAGAUCCACAGCCAAGUGAAGUCUGGUUUUUCCCUCCCCUUGAUUUUGUUUCCGUCUGUCCUUUCUUUUUUUUUUCUUUUUUCUUUUUUCUUCUUUUUCGUUUCCACUCCGUCCUUCACAAUGCUGGCAUUGGGUAUGGGUAUUGGAGACUUGAGUCUCCUUUGCCUCCCGGGGAAGCCUGGGAUGUGCCUGGAUGGAGAGUGACUCUGUCUCCCUCUCUCUCUCUCUCUCUCUCUGUCUCUGAUAACAGUCAGAUUGGUAUUUCCACCCGCUAUGCCCGAAUGGGACUUGGCAUGAUGUCUACCCCGAUUGGGGGCUGAGAGGCACUGCUCCUGCCGGAACCAGACAAGUGGGAUUCCCCACCCGAGGUUCCCUCAAGGC